AUGGUCUUACUUGCUAUGAGUUUUUUCCGUAACAUUGAUGGCAGAGGUUUGAUGAUUCUGACGCAACAAAUUAUUGAAAGAAUGAAGUGCGCACUUGCACUCGUCGUGCUGGUCGUCGGCCUCUCGUGCACAUCAGCCCGGAUGACCGGCAGACUUGAUGAUGUGCACUAUUUGAGCCCCAACUUGCCGCGUGUGAAGGAGGUGGCAGAAAAAAGUAUGGAACAGAUGGGGACUGCCAUCACGGGGGGACGAACGCGGGUGAUCAAAAAAGUUCAGUCUGCCAAGUAUCAAAGCGUGUUAGGGGAAGGGAUCAAAUAUUUUUUGAAAGUGCAAAUAGAGCUCUAUGACUGCAGUGAAGCUGAACUGAAUGCAAAGGCAAAACAUUGCGUCGUUAAAAAGAGAGGCACGUGUGACUUUGUAACGUUGAUGCCAUUCAUGUCGCUAUCUUUCAACCUACUCUCAUCCCACUGCACCGGGUUUUGA